GGACCAUGUCACUGAGAGGGUGAAGGAGCACCAGAAGGAAGACCAGAGUGGUCUGGUGUAUCAGCGAGGAACUGAACAUUUUGAUAUGUUACUGUGGAGAUGCAGAGAAAUGAGGAGAUGUGGUAAAGAUGCACUGGUCAUCUGAGUGGGCAGAACAACACUAUGACAUCACUUCCACCACAUCACCUCCUGCCCACCCUAAACCUGUUCCAUACCCACAGCACAGUCAUCCUGCUUUCUCCGGUUAUUCCGACGAUAUCGGUGCUCUCAGUGCCUCCACCUUGCUGAAGCGCUAUGCCGAGCGGUAUUCCUUCAGUCCGGUCUACCCAGAGCCCGGAGCGUUCCGAAGAAGUGAGCCCGCCCAGGAUGCCUGGUCAGUGGGCUACAACCCAGAUGGGAUAGAUGGAAUAAAAGGUUCAUUAGCAAGUGCAAGUAACCUUUCAGAGCAAAUUGGUAAUGGGCACAUAUCUCAGGAUUAUACCUCCACCUACACCGGGUCACACUUGUAUCCUCGACCCACUUACUUGCACCAGCCUGCUUUUGCCUUACCUCCAAGCUACCCGCCUCCUGCCCCGGUCUAUACCUAUCCCUCUGGUCUAACCACCCCUAGUUCUCCUUCCCUGCUACCACCUAUAAGCAGCAGCCUCCACACCACCCACAGUGCUCAGGCACUAAAGCGGCCUGAGGACACACAAGAACACAACAAGCCUUUCGAAUUUGAUCAAAAUAAAAGCACCAGAGUGUCACCUUACACAGCAAGGGGUAACACUGAGCAUCCUAUCAGCAAUGGUAUCCCAAAUAGCAGUGCGGAUCCACAGCACUUCAGACCAGACAGGCUUCUCCCUCAGCCAGAUAUGAAGGUAGACCAGGUGAGAAAGAGCAGCUAUUCCCAGCCCUCAGAGACAACCUCUUAUAAUGGUGCUGAGCAAUACACCUACCCCUGAGGUGGCUCGAAUUAUACAACCUAGUGGAGUGUUUUUACAGCAUUUUACUCAUCACUCUACAUUUGAAAGAGAAUGAAAUAGUGGUGAUGAGAGAAUGUUAGUUGUUAAAUUAGAUUUUAGUUUAUUAUUGGGAAUUUUAAAGAAUUCACGCUCACACCAAAUUACAUUUUAUGAUUCCUGGGUUCAAAUAAAGUGAAUCAAGUUUUUUACAAAUGGAUGUGUUUAGGGAUGUACGUCAUUCUUUCACCCCAGUAAAAUUUUCUGGAUUUAUUCCUAGUGAAACCUGGGUGAGGUUUAUUUCCCAGAUAGAUCUGUAAGAAUGUCAGCAUCUCAAAAAUAUAUUGAUAUUCACAAACUGGCCUAAGCGCCACACAGCUUUGCUUUGUCCCACUGCGAUGGUGAGGUUAUCUAGGAGCCAUUUAUGUUCCUGCUUUACAUACUGAACAUUGCUGGUAGGUUUCAUGCAAGCCACAGCCAAUAUUUACACUUCUGCCUCAGUAACCUUUUUUGAAAUCCAAGGAACCUUUUCAAGAACUAAAGAAAUUAAUUUCAUGAUUGUGCAACUAGACAGAACUAUUAAAGAUCAAGUUCUAUCAGCUUCCUCCAUGUUUUGCCUCAAUCUGCUGUUCUCACCCAGGAGAUAUCUGAACUCCUCAGUUCCUCAGAAGGUUCCUAAACCUUGGUGGAAACACAGCCUAUAUCCUUAGAGCUUUACAUUUCCUUUUCCUCAGACUGACUAUUGUUCUCUAACCCCCGCUCUGUAAGUAAUCAAUCAGGGUAGUGAAGCGUAAGCCACAGCAAGCACUAAUCCCCCACACCAGUCAAUAAAUUCCAGUGUGGAGAGUGAAGAUAGAGAAGGAAGGCGGGGAAAUUUUAAAGAUUAGGUUAAUAGUCAGGUAUUUAUACUCAGGAAAAUACUCAGGAAUUUAGAAUAUAAAUGUUUACAAGUUUUCUUUAAGAACAUGAUGUUUUAAUGGAAACCUCUUAUGUAUCCUAGACAUAAACUCGCACAAGUAUUAUGAGAAAUAUGCAAUUUGUGAAACUUCAGAAGGAGAGUUUACUCUGCAAAUCAUAAAUGUCUACAUUAUCUCAGGAAUGAUGGGAAAAGCUUGAGGAAUGCAAAUGUCUUUUUUACUUUUCUGUUUUUAUUAAUGGAAAAAAAUGUUCAUGCUGAGAAUCAUUAACACUCAUUAUGCAGCCAAUUAAGAAAGAAUGUAGUCAUCUGUGUGGUAACAGAUUUGUCAUGCUUACAGUGAACACUUUACAGAAACACUGUUACUUAAAGGUCCUAGCAGUAUUGAAUAAUUCUUUUUAUUUGCUAUUGUUUAUCAUGUCACAAGGAGUUUUUAAGUAGAUAAAAUAAAACAAAAAUGCUGAACUUUCUCGUCUUCUGAUCCUCAAGUUUCUGCUCCACAGGAAUAGAAUGUCAUUAACACUACCUCAUGUGCUUGUAUGUUGAUUUUUUUUUUUUUCUUGAAUUUAAAGAGUGAUUGACAGGAUUUUUGUAUGUUUUAUUCUGGAAACUUCUGCUUUA